CGCCGCGCCGCACACAGCACGUCCGUCCGCGCGCGCGGGCCAUGGUCGCGAGAACCGAUGACACUAUGUUCGGGUGCUAUGGUGACAGCUACUCGUACCGCCUGUGGAGCCUGGCCAACGCCGGUUGGCUAGCAGACAUGAGGAGUAAGCAGGUCCCCACGUCUACCACCUCUGCCAGGCGGCUCGCGCCCUUAUUCCGACCGCUGGCCGGUGGCGGCGCAGAGGGCAAAGCGACCGAGGACGAGGAAGAGCGCGGAGGCUCCCCGCUGGGCCCCGGCGGGCCGUUCUCGUGCAGCCAGUGCCGCGGCGCGUACCCCACGCGUGACCAGCUCGAGCGCCACGAGCAGCUGCACGCGCCCAACACUCAGGUGGAUACCGUCAAAUAUUCAUGCAAGAUCUGCCACAAGAGCUUCGCGAACGUGUACCGGCUGCAGCGACACAUGAUCAGUCACGACGAAAGCGCAUUGCUGCGCAAAUUUAAAUGCAAUGAUUGCGACAAAGCCUUUAAAUUCAAGCACCAUCUGAAGGAGCAUCUGCGGAUUCACAGCGGCGAGAAGCCCUUCGAAUGCGCCAACUGUGGCAAAAAAUUUUCUCACUCUGGCUCAUAUUCGAGCCAUAUGACCUCGAAAAAAUGUCUCGUCAUGAAUCUCAAAAUGGGAAGAAUAAAACCCAACAAUCCCGCGUUAAAUCCUGAUCGUAGCCCUUCAAGAAAACGCACCAACGCUAUGGUCGCGUCUCAAUUGAAUAAUAAUGUAGCGCCUAAUGGAGGCUCUUUCCCAUUGCCUAUCUUACCCAAGUACAACGACGCUGCUGCCUUUUUCGCACAGCCUGGAAUAAAUCCCUUCUACAUGCCACCAGGAAUGCCGAUAAGUCCAGCUAGUGGAAUUACCCCUUAUAGUUUUCCAGCUUCGCUUAGCCAGCUGUUUGAACAAUUAGCUUCUUCGCAAUACCCGCCACGAAAAAUGGAUAGUCCAAUCAAUCCUAAGCUGAUUAGCUCUCCUCCAAUGAACCCUGAAGAUUUAAUAGAGGAAGUUACCGAAGAGGACGAUAAGCGAUCGGAAGGGAGCGCGGAUCUCGUUAUGGACAUAGAGGAUGAAGAAGGUGUCUCCGUAAAGAAGGAACACGACGGUCGGGAGACUGAUCUGCAGUCGCCCACAUCACGCAACUAUGAAUCCGUCCCUCUAAAUAACAACGGCCCAGAUGCCGAUAAUAACCAUCCACAUUUUAAUACAAUAUUAGAAUCGGUGAGCGCUUCGGUCACUAAGCAUUUCUUUAGAGCAAAUAUGGAAAAAUUGUCACCAGUGUCGGGAAAUACUUGCCCUAGUAUAGAAUCACCACCGACUCCUCAUAUAAUUGUAAAAAAAGACCCCGAAGAAAGUCACACAUGUCUCAAAUGUAACUUAACAUUUAAUAAUAAAAGUGACUUAUUAGAUCACGAAAAAGCAUUGUGUGGAAAUCUAUUUCGAAAACAUGAAGGUCUGGCAGCUCAAGUAGCAGAAACUGUUGCACUUAAUAGAUUAGAAGCAGAAAUGCGAGCAUCGAUACAAAGUGGAGUGAGCGCUAGCGAAGACGAAGACUAUAAUAGAGAAGAUAGAGAUGAAAAAAUGUCUAUACAUGACACUGACAGGAAAAUCAGAGUUCGAACGGCGUUGAGUGAGGAACAACAAUCAGUGCUGAAGGAGCACUACGCGAUAAACUCACGCCCAAACCGAGAGGAGUUCAAAAGAAUUGCUCAACAAAUUGGUCUUGACAACAGAGUGGUUCAAGUAUGGUUUCAAAAUAAUAGAGCUAGAGAACGAAGGAUGACUCAGACCGUAGUCUUGUCCGAUCAACCACUAGACUUGUCGACGAAAAAAUCGAACCCGUCGGUUACUUCGAGUCCAUCGCCGUCGCCUUGCAGCAUUUCCGUUACACAUUCCGAUUCCGAAGAAGCGGUGAAUCUGAGUCAAAAGUCGUCACGAAGUACGACUCCGCACCGCCCGAACUAUCUAAAUACAUACCCACAUUCCAAUUGCUCUUCUUCGUCGUUUAACGAUUUUCGACUAUCGCCAUCACCAGGGGAACCAAUAAAUGGUCAUAAAAGGUUACUGCCGCAAAAAAUGCCAGUAAAUCCCUUGGUGCCGAUGGAGAAGCUCCUACAGUACAACGAUAUAGCGAACCGAUCUCCUCUACUCAAUAUGCACAUGUCGUCAGAACUGAAUCGACAGGGAUCGAGUCCUUCGUACGAUCGCCCAUCUUGGGCCGAGGAAGUGCAGACAUCAAACGAGUUCGAAGACGAAGGAUCAGUACUUAAGAAAAGCAAAAUUAAGCCAGGAGCAGAAUUCAAAGAAGGCGAAGGCCAGUUCGUCUGCGAUCAGUGCGACAAGACUUUCGUCAAACAGAGCUCUUUGGCGAGACAUAAAUAUGAACAUUCAGGCCAACGACCAUACAAGUGCUUGGAAUGUCCAAAGGCGUUCAAGCACAAGCACCAUCUGACCGAGCACAAGCGGUUGCACACCGGCGAGAAGCCCUUCCAAUGCUGCAAGUGCCUCAAGAAGUUCUCGCACUCCGGCUCCUACAGCCAGCACAUGAACCACAGGUUCGCAAUCUGCAAACCCUACAGGGAGUAGAUGCCCAGCGAGUAGACAGCCCACUACGGAGUUUAGCACAUUCAUUGCCUCGUAGAAAGGCGGACAGCACAAUUUGUCGACACUAGUUACCAACCCUACAACGAAAAUGAUGCUGUUAUCAAUAUGACAUUUACCUCAUAAAGCGUUUUAACUAAACGAACAUAAUUUACGCAUAAUAUACCUGUAGGUACUCACAAUAAUAAAGUAUUCAUCGCUCGGUAUUUUCGUUUCGGAUUAAGGUCAUUGCUCAACGUCAUAUUUUUAUACACUAGAACUCGAGUAGAAUAUAAUUUUGAUUCCCCUAUUUAUGAUAAUUAACUAUUGUAUAGAGCCAAAUAUUAUACACAUACCAAAGAAAUGUGCCAUGCAACGCGCCAAACAUUUUUAUGACUCAUUUAAUUUAAGCUGAUAAGUAGUUAUUAGUUGUACGUGCCAAAUCGUGAAGGCCGGUACCUGUAGCAUAAUACUCCUGUAAUAAUAAGUGUUAAAUUUUAUUUUUAUAACCCAAACGAAACGCCAAAAUAAGCAAGUGUAAUGUAAUUUAUUCAAAGCCAGCAGCGGUCAGCAGUGGUAAAUCUCUUGUUGUUCUAUAUUUCAAUCAACAAAUUAUAAUAUUUUUAACUUAUUAAUUCCUCCAGAUGCGUAAAAUCGUGACCGGAAUGUCUAAUGUGAUGACAAUAUUAUAAUAUAAAAUAGUUUGUCCCUUUGUCUAAUUGUCUACUUGUAACAAAGAGUACGUGUAACGAAGUAAUUACACCAGCUUUUCAAAUUUUAAACUGCAAAGGCUUAACGCUGAUCGUUUCACAAUUUGCGCGGCAGUAUUGUCUAAGUACCCACACGCAAUGCUAUACCUCUAUGGUUAUUAAAAACUACUUGUGUCUUCUGUUCUUUGAAUUCAUAAGGAUAGGUAAUGAUAAUCUUCUUGUAUUUUAAUUAUAACUGUUUAGAUAGAUUCAAUCUUAGUUAAGUUUAAAGCAUUCCAUACUACUCCUAUGGGAUCUCCGCUGUGUUUAUUGAACUCUCGAUUAGAUUAGUCCAAAGAUUAGAUAUAUUAUCGUUGUACAUAAUAUCUUAUAAUAAUGUACAUAAUAAGAUUUAUCUGUAAAUAUGAUUGCUUAUAUUCUAUAUAUAUAACAUACGUAGGUAGAGUGUAUUAUACUCGAGGUGUUUCAGCUACAGUCUGACAUGAAUAUGACAAUAAUAAACAACACAGUUUAUUGAUUGCAAUACGAUGCGUAAAAAUAUUUCGAAAAUUAUGUAAUCUUAUCUUAAUAAAAUAUAAGACAUGUAAUGCGUCACAGUAAAACCAACGAAUUUAUGGCAACCUACAUACUAUUUAUUAGUUUUAUUUAUAUUCAUUCAUUGCGGGUAACUUAAUUUCGCAUACUAGUUAUUUCUUAUGUUCAUCAACGUAUGUACUUAAUUUGCAAGUUGUGUUCCAAUAUAGACUUACUAUAGUUCAGAUUUUCAAUAGGACCACACACAAUUACCUCAAAUUUUAAGAGUCAUUCAUCUUGCUCCAACUUGGCUUUUUAAACUCUAUGAAUUAGCUGAUUCUCCUCCAUGUCAUCAGCAUAAUAAAAUUGCUUGUAGGUUUUUCACUUCCUCGACUCUUGCAGUAUGUUAGAACAGAAAGUUCCUAAGCAAAAAUACACAUUAAGAGAUACGCAGUAAAGUUUAUUUCUGUAUUCUGUAAUUAUAUAAGUAGAUAAAAUUAAUUUAAAGGUUUCUAAGCAACGAAUUACAUAAAAUACCGCAGACACUGUAUGUAUACUUUUAUCAUUAAUACGCUACUAGUUAUAUACUUAUACUUAAUUAUGUGUCACAGUAUUUCAAGUUCAACGCGAACGUUACACCUUGUAUUUUUACAAAAUGUAUUUUGCAUCUUAAUUUAAAGUCAACAGCACAGCCAGCUAUACACUUUAGUUCGAAUAUCGCCUCCAGUGCAACGGAAAAAGAUCCGUCAACGUGUAGCUUGAUGUUCUGCCGUCUGUACAUUUGAAGCACAAUAAGUAAUAACUCCAAACGAAAUCAUAGAAUAGGUACAAAUACAAAUUCAAUCCACUGUCUCUUCUUACAGAAAUCAUUUUUCGCCAAAACACAAAGAUCAGAGAAGUCUUAAAUCUAAAAGUUUGAUUAUUUACUAUUAUUAUUAUACAUACUUAUAUUAGUUGUAAGAACGAUUGUGGUGCGUCGUCGCGGUUUCUCGGCUUCGCGGUGGGCUAGAUAAACCAAAGAUUACUUACGUUAAUGACGUGAUGUGGAAACUGUACCAUAUACCUGUCCCAUCAUUAGUUAUCUAGUUUAGUUUUAAUUAUGUGCCAAAAUAAGUUUAGGUCUUGAUUUAAAAUUUUAUACAUGAAAAUUAUUUUAUUUUUUACAAAAAAGAUGACAUUGUAUGUUUAACAAAGGUUCCGUUUGUGCAAUACGAAGGUUGCAAGAAAGUACUGGAGUCUUCUAAGUGUAAGAGUACGUAAGCUAGGGGUAAUGUUAAGCCAUGUGAAUUCCUAUUGCCAUACUGUGUUUGUUGUACUUGUGAGGAGUGCACUGCGCGUUGCGCACGGUGCGCUGCUGUGCACACGUCGCUAAUCAUUUGUUAAACUAAGUAACUCUAGAUUGUUAAACCUACCCAUAGAUUAACAUGUGUUAAAAUAU